AUGCUUGUCAGUCCAUCGAGCAACAUUCAAAGGCGACAGCGUCUGCACCGCCGCCAAAACUCGAUCCCAGUCGCAUUGGAGGCAGCAAAAUUUCCCAAUCUCCCAGCAGCUGCAAUGCAUCGUUAUUCAAUGCACAAGCGAGGAACGAGUUUAGACCAGCGAGCCGUAAAUCUACAGCCCGGCGUCGUCUCCAAAGAUGGUCCAACCACAAGCUAUCAUAGACACCCAAAUGUGCUCCAGGAGACACAACAGCAAAUGAGCCGUCUCAAUCAACCAUACUUUGAUCAAUCGAAUAUCCAUAUGUCGUCAAACACCGACUGCCAACAACUCGGACCUGGUGGCUUGAACGUUUUUACUAACACACACAGCAAUGAAAACUUAGUCAACUAUGCCUGCAUGAACACUGGUGGAUUCGACAUUGAGCUCGAGGAUUUCAAGAAUCGUCAAACCAAGCCCGCCAUCGGAAACAUCCGACAGCAGCAGCAACAGCCUUCCAAGGCUAGUAUAGCGUUCACCAAUAGUCUUGAAACCCAAUCAAUGAACGAAGAAUCUUGGCAGAUAAGUCAAUCAGGAUUACCCCAAGUGUACGAUUUGCGACGCAUGUCUGUUCAGUCAGAUCUAUCUCAACAUCAGUACACACCGUCAACGCCACCCAAGCAGAUACAUACAAACUAUUUUCCUCUCACCCCAGAGGCCACUCCUUUCCGGAGAAAUGCGACUCUUGCUACUCAUGGCCAAAAUUUACGUAUACUACCCACCAAAAACGUCGUUUACCAGACGGCGCAGCCUAUGUAUAUGCAAAGAGCCAAGUCGCUUCAAGGAGUGCCUGGAAGCAAUUUUACUGAACCUCAAAUUGAUGUCCCUUCCCCCCCUAACACUGCCCCUGUUGAUUACGAUUCUUUUGAUUUGCUUACUAGCCAGGAGAGUGAUUUCGAAAGUACAGAGUUCCAACUGCCAUCCGAAAGUGAGUCUUUUGCAUUAAACGACAAACAACAUCAUGUCCAGCUUUCCUCAACGUCAACAUCGUUCCAGUCAUCACCUGAGACUGCGUACAUGCCAUUGCCCACAGCCAGUUCCAAAACGCCCAAAGUGUCUAUCAGCCUGGUUACGCCAUCCAAUUCAAGCCCACAAAAGAUGGAUACCCCAUCAUCACCAGAGUCUCCAUCAAAAGCAAAACUAUCGCCACGGGUUGCAUCCAUUGAUAACCUGAAUCUUGAUGCUCGUGUCCAAGCUUCUAUUGCUCAAACUGGCAUCACACUCGAUGAAAUUGCAUCCUACAUUUCCGGUCCCGACCCGAUAGACGGAAAAUGGGUCUGUGUGCACCCAGGGUGCAACAGACGAUUUGGGCGAAAGGAGAACAUAAAGUCACAUGUCCAAACCCACCUUGGCGAUCGACAAUACAAGUGUGAUCACUGCCACAAAUGCUUCGUGCGUGGACAUGACCUCAAACGACAUGCCAAAAUCCACACAGGUGACAAACCUUACGAAUGCCCUUGUGGAAACGUAUUUGCUCGACAUGAUGCCUUGACUCGUCACAGACAACGUGGAAUGUGCAUUGGCGGGUAUACUGGCGUGGUGCGGAAAACCACCAAGCGUGGUCGGCCUAAGAAGAACCGACCAGACAUGGACGAAAGACAGGACAAAGCCUCUCGAACUCGUGAAAAGAUAGCUGCCAGUGUGAUUGCUCCAUCUGUCUCAGGCUCUGACAGCUCUUGUGGUUCUCCUCCAUCAGAUAUCUUCGAAACAAUGAGCAUUCAAGCAUCUAGCCCAUUAGACGAUGUGACCUUGUUCGACACAAAAGACUACUGUAUGCCAUCUGAUGUCUUUACGUUCACUCCUCCCGCAUCGCCAGGAUAUAGCACUGGAAACAAGCCUUCCCCAGCCCAAAGUAUUCGAUCCCACAGCCCAUCUAGCGAAGAUGGGUGUUUCUCACGGUCUCCAUCGAAGCAAAGUCUUGAGGAUAUCCCGGAAGAGAUCCCUGAUCUCCCUCCAAUCUCAGAGGCUGCCGGUUGUUUUGACCCAGAACCAGAAAAUGCAAUCCAAAGAAGUCUGGCAAGUUUUUCAUCGCCUCCUCCGGUCCCCGCUCUAACGAGCCCUGGAGCCGGGUCGGAGAUUGACAUAUUCAUAAACCACGAUUCCAGCUUCUCAGACUUCAACAACGGGUCGAGCUUUCCAAAUGACAUGGAUUUGUUUCCAAGCAAACCCGCUCCCUCCAUGAACGAGGACAUAUUUUUGGAAUUCACCGAUGACCAAUCUAAUGACCCUUUCUUCUGA